CCCUCGCCGCUCGUAAAUUGGACGGAUAAUAUGCAUUAUACAUGGUCGAUGGCCACUUUUAACUCAAUACCAUGCGAUAGUCGCCCUGGAAAUCACCUGAUGGAUAUAUCAAGCGGUAACCAUAGUUUUCUGGGUUAAUCAGCACCUGAGGAUCCUCAGAUCCCAAUAGGAAGAGUUGCGGCCAGCAUUAACUCAAAUAAAAAUGAGGAUCCGAGGAGUAAUAACUAAACGUCGAUACGCAACUUGCUCAUCAUCAUCAUCAACAGUUAUUGCAGCGCUCAUAGUUUUCCGGCUGAUAAUCCAUUGCGCCGAUAAUGUGAAUGGUUUUUCCGAUAGCGUUCCAAUUAGCAGUUGUUCGCCGAUGGAAUCCAUCCACGGAGUGCCACCGCAAAUCGGAAAUCACCCCUUCUUCACUUACACCGACAAGAAAGUCAUAACCAAUAGCGGUGCUGACGCCGUUCAAUUGAGGCUUACCAUCAAACAAAGGUCUUUGGGCGACGAAAUGGCUUUCAAAGGCUUUUUUUUGGUGGCAUACGACGACGCCAACGCAAACAAUGACUCGAUUGGCUCGUUUUUCCAGCCCAGCGACGGCCAAGUCAUCAGCUGCUCGAACGGAAUCCCAAAUUCUAAUGCCGUCACGCAUAAAUCCAGUGAGGACAAGCAGUUCGUUACGGUUUACUGGACACCGCCGGAAUAUUUUGUCGGAUCGGUAACCUUCAGAACAACUUACCUGAGAAACGGAACAGUAUUUUGGGUAAACACUCUGGCGGCUAACCCUGUCCAAGUUGUUAAUGUGACAACUACAUCCAUUUAUCCAGGCUCUACUACUACCGAGCUAAUAACUCCGCCAACAACAUUAUCAUCCACGGAUGCGAGUUGUUCUGACGUGACCAGCGACAGCACUGACACUAUUACAUCAACUACUGAAACAACGUUCAACACCACGGAAGAAGAGGAAAAUUCGACGAGUAUUUUAACGACGCCGACGGCCGAGGCAACAACGACUACAACACCUACUACGAAUAAACCACCAAAUAGUGGACUUGCGUCCGAAUUUGUAUUUGACUUUCACGUACUGGUGGCUGGCUUAACCUGCUGGACGGUGCUCGUCUAUCUAAGUAACAAUUAUUUAUUAUUCUGACUACACAUUUUGAAUUGACAACCUGAAUUGCCAAUGGUUCAUCCAAUUAAUUCUUGCCACACAACAAUGUUUUAUAUAUUCAAUACGAUACACCCGACUUUUUCAAAUAAAUUUGCAAAUCAGAAAUGUUUACUAAAAUUAAUUUCCGGUCCGAAAAAUUUCUUCACAAAUACGAUUAAAU